GGUGUCAAUGGGUGCCCCGAGAAAGAGCUUUGCACUCCACAACCUCACUAUCUCCCUUCGCAAACAUGUGCUCUACCAUCAACAACUAAGGUGGCAACGCUACAUAGCUCUAUUCAUACCAGCACAGCGGGGCUGAGCCGGAUAUGGCGGCGAGCGUUCAGAUUCAAGCGUCGGAUGCGCAGCCGUUGAAAGGCAACUCAUCGCCUCAGAGUCGAUCAAAUACUGAAGUGAGGAAGCCACGGCCAAAGCGCCCUAACUACAAUGAGGUUCAUUCGAAACCUCUUCCUCUUGAAGUCUAUCCGCUUCCCGUAUUCAUUCCGCACAAUCCAAUCUCGAUUGUAAGGAUUGCAAUCACUUUGCUCUCUCAUUCCCUCUGGCCUCCAAGGUCUCACUCAGUCGUCCACAAAGCCUAUUUCUCACCGGAAACGCAAUCCAUCCAUGUCACCGACCCAAAAUCGAUCCGCGCACUGUGGGAGCAAGGCUUCUGGGGCUCUGGCUCGCUCAGUCGAAGUGAGCCUCGAUGGCUCGAUCAAGAGAAGCGAAAGCGGGGCAUUGAGGCCGCGACCACCAGCGAAGAAGUCACUCGAGCCAGGCGGGAAGAGCGUCGACAAUUCAAGCUAGAGAGGGCAAAAGCCCAGCGGGAAGCUAUCGAACAGCAAAUGCGUGAAGAGGGAAAGCUCGAUGCCGAGACAGAUCUUGAAGAGUUAGUGGAGAACGGCAGUGUGACCGAAUCGCCGAGAGGGACGCUGUACCCUGCGGAUGCUGGUGUUCCCUUAGGAGACGUUGCCGCAGUCGAGAACCCUUCCAUCAUCGAAGAAGUUAAUAGAGUUAUCGCUGAGGAGAUGCCGUCCUUCGGUGCAGAGAUUGGGGAUCAAGAACAUCUUCAACUUACGUUCGAAGAAGCGUUCUUCUUGAACUACGUCCUGGGGGUUCUUGACAUCUGCCAGGACGCCGAUCCACCAAAUAAUUCGUCAUACCUUCUACACCUCUUCUGUACCUACUCCGAAUUUCCUCUUCCGUCCCACGCCGAGGCACAUCUACAAAGCUUAUAUUCAUGGCGCGUUGGAGCACUCAGUUGCCCCGAACUUCUUGACCGGUCAGCAGGUUCACCCAUCCCUCCCGACAACCCAUUCCUACUAAAGUACGUCGUCUUUCACCACUUCCGCUCUCUGGGCUGGGUUGUCCGUCCGGGCAUAAAGUUCGCCUGCGAUUAUCUCCUCUAUCUCCGCGGCCCAGCCUUCCACCACGCCGAAUUUGCCAUCAUGAUCGUUCCAUCUUAUUCGCAUCCUUACUGGUCUGAGAGUCCUGAGCGGGUAGCAGAGUGCAAAAAGAAGGAGAAGAAGGAUUGGUGGUGGUUUCACCGCCUAAACAGGGUGCAAAGUCAGGUACACAAGACCCUGAUGCUGGUGUAUGUGGAAAUACCGCCACCCUGGGAUGAGGGCCGCGAAAAGCCGGUCUCGAAGCUAGACGUCGGCAAAAUCUUGAAGAGCUACUCGGUUAGGGAAUUCGUGUUUAGAAGGUGGUCUCCCAAUCGGAAUCGGGAUUGAGUGGCUAGCCGCAAGAAGGCCCCCGCGCAGAACCCUGCUCCACGUUGGCCCACCCUCAAUUCGUGGGCAUCAAUGUCUUCGAAAUGACGUAAGCGACGGUGGUAUUGAUGUACUAGGAUAGAUCCGAAGGCGAUCCACACCACUUCACUGCCGUCGGGAUGGGCA